UCUCUAUGUUCAAUAAACAGUUGUAACACGUUUAAAAUUUUUGUGACGCUUCAAUAAGAGUCAGUUUAAAUUUUGAAAAAUACUGAUUCUUACAAAGUUGAUACAGUCUUGAAAAAAAAAAAACUGAUAUCGAAAGAGAUGAAUCUUAAGAACGACGGAUACCAGGUUUCGAAAGUUAUAGUUCUUCCAUGGUUCCGGAUUUUCAGAAUCGCACGGAAUCGAUCACGAUGAUCCGGAUAUUGCCGCUUGAAUGAAAAUUCUGCGAUACAUCCAUCCAUAUGAUAUUCACGACGACCGUAUCGAGGAACGUUUGCGCGGACCUCCCUUUACGUACGCUCGAUGUGGAGUCAACAAAAUUGAGUGAUGAGAUGGUUCACUUUUGAAUGUUGAAAGUCCGGAAUCUUCGGACAAUUAUAGGCCUUCCGGCAAUCCGAAAUUAUGUUGGUUUCCGGUAGUAUCCGUUGUUUAAUGACCUUCAAUAACGUACUUGCGUUUUCUGUCCGGAACGGGAACGAUGACAAUCUUACCAGUUUCUCGUUAAUACUCGCCGAAAAGCCAUUGCCCGUCGAUGAUUCGAUCGCGAUGGUAUUGACUUAUUGUCAGCUUUAUCGAUCUCGACAACAUGACCUAUGCCCCCGACAUUUUCGGAAUUAAAUAUCAAUUUAAUGAUAAUGAAUAUAGCCUCACCAAUAAAAUUUGACCAGUCGACGACGGUAUGUCUGAUAAAAUUCGUUACUCUUUCAAAAAAAAUUCGUGUCGUGGUGGUUGUAAUGAGAUAAAAUAUCCGAUAAACUCGCAGUCUUCUUCCAUGGUCAGCGUGGCAUUUUUAAAGCACGUGUGUACCCGGAUCGAUUGUCUGCAGAAACAUUGCGUGAUUACAACUUUUUUUCUUUUCGACACAUGCCUUUUUCUUUGGCACCUCAAAGUUGACCGCGUUAUAUUCCACUUGGCCAGUUCCCCACAAGUUGGGCGUUGCACAGUACAGAUUAUAACAACGGUUGUGGUUUUACAGAAAUUACAACAAUUGCUCCGGAUCUUCGCACAAGCGAUGAAAUUUUCGCAAUCCAUACGAGCAAGUAUAACACAAUUCAUUUCCAGAAUCGAAUGUCUUUAUUUAUAUUAUUACCUCGGCACUAUACUACCUAUAAGGAAACGCAAAGCUCACCGAUUUUCGGGGAUUUUCGAUGAUCGUAUAUGCGCAAUUUUUACCCUUGUUUUUACGAAUUCUAAAACCUCAUAAUUUAGGGAAACAAUGGGAAAUAUCAGCCUUCCCCCCAUUAAAUAUCAUGGAAUAAACAACAUCAUGUCAGAAAAUUUUCUCGCAGUUUUUCGGAAAAGGCAUCAAACUGCAUAAUUACUAUUGCGCCUAUGUUUAAGCUUUCCGACCGAGAGCGGAGUGGUAAAAUUUAGAAUUUCUUAACUCCUCCAAAUAUGGUACAUCUAUAUGUUUUUUAGAUCGCUGGUUACAAAAAAAAAAAAUAUCAGUUUUGGCCAAAAGUAUCUAAUCAUGAGUAUAUUGACCAUUUUUAGUCAAUUUUGAUGUCUUUCUUGCAUAACCAGCUUCUGAAAAAUAGAUAUUUACUGUAAUUAUUACUUUAACUAUAACUAACAUAAGAUAUACUGAUCUGGAAAUAUAAAGCCAAGUUUGUAUACCUGAUAAAUAUUUUCAACAUCGUUUUCAAUGAAUAUAUUCUAUAGUUUAUAUUUAGGUCGGAUGCGUUUGAGAAGGGAAUAUCUUAGGCAAAAACUCGUAGCAUAUCGAUUUACGUACAAAACUAAAAUUAGUCAAGAGGCAAUUACUUCGGAAAUCCAUCGAUACAAACUACAAUAGAUCAUUAUCGGAGUUAUCGCAUAUAUAAAAAGUUGGCGCGCUUCAGAAACGUCAUACACACUGAAUUUGCUAGUUGAAUAGAAGACAUCGGUACCAUAUUUUUCACUAUUAGCGUACACCAGACACACGAAAAAGUAUAUGUUUUGGAAAAAAGUCAUGCAACCUGUCAAAGAUGCCUGGGCUUCACCCGGGGAAAAAAAAAAUAUAACUCGACGAGAUUUUUAUUCGCAACUAAACAUCACUACGUGGUUGAAUCGGGUAACGGGAAAUUUUCCUCUGAAACUAAAAGGGCAUAUUGGCAAUAGACGGUACAAAAUGAGCCCCGGUUUGAUGUUGUAUGGAGCGAUUUUAGUGAUUGCGAUGGUAGUAUUCAUGAUAAAAUGGACGAUGGGCUACGCAGAUGACGCUGAUGUCGAAGGGUAAUGAUUUUUCAAAUUCUUUUUCCUCGUCAAUUCAUUGAAAAUAGUUAUUAUUUCAGGAACUCUUCGCUUCAAAUUUUAUUCACGAUACUGCAGAUGUUACGAUUAUUAAUAAUAGUUGGGCUGUUCUUGUCAGGAAUAUUUGGCGGGAAAAAAUUACAGACUUCUUUGUUCAAUCUGGAAGUACAAGAUGCAUCGCUGAAAGAAUUUGCAAGUCAACCGGAUUACGCGGCAAACAUAAAACGACACUAUAUUCGAACGGGAUUACUUUGGCUGUUAACGUUUUUCGUAAUCGGCUGUGAUUUGAUUCGUAGAAAUCCAUCGCCUGACCAUGAGAGAUUCUGGUUACAAUGGAUAGCACUGAUGUACACUAUAAUUACUCUAAAAAUCAAUAUGUAUCUAUUCGUCGAUAUCGUUUUCAUCUUGAGGGAAAGAUUUGAAAUUCUCAAUGAAAAAUUGACCAGAAUGAUCGACGAUAUUAACAAUUGCACUGUCGAGGUAUGAGUAACGAUAAUUAAAUUACGUAUGCGUAAUAAAUUUGUGCGCGUCAGGUAACGAUGAUUAAACAUGACUUUCAGACAAUCUACGAACGGCAUAGUUUUCCUCGAAAACUUCGUAAAAUUGCUACGAUUCAUGGAGCUCUAUGUGAAGCAGCGUCGAAUAUUAAUCAGGCGUUCAGUUUCAAUAUAGUUUUGGAAGUAAUUUAUGCUUUUUCAAUAAUGACGUGCGCCGCGUACUAUCUAAUUUACGAUUUAAAGUCAACCGGAUUGUUAUGGUACUCAUUCAAUUGGGGGAUUAUCGGCAGUAUGGAUACGCUUUACAUGAUAUGGGCUUGCAGUUUAGCCGAACACGAGGCUUGGCUCACGGGAAAAAUUAUUCACAAAUUGAAUGUUUCUGAAACCGAUACACCGUUACUUAACAAAGUGAUUCAAGAAUUUUCUCUGCAAUUACAAUAUGAGAAACUUGAGUUCACUGGGGCUGGUUUGUUUCGAUUGGAUCCUACUCUUAUUCGAUCGAUCGCUGGAACCGUGACUACUUAUUUGAUUGUUCUGAUACAAUUCAACAAGCCAUGAGAGUCCGCGUAAUUCGCUCACACGUAGAAAUGGUUCACUUGUAGUUUGAAAAUAUGAUAAUUAAUUUUCUUCAAUUUUACUAGAUUCUUUUUUCGCCGUGAAAAAUAGUGCACGUGAUUGGUGGUCCGCAGCUAUGCAGGAUCAUCGUUUCGCAAAUGAAGGUUGAUGUUGAAGCACACUAAAUUCCGAAAGACUCACAACACCAUAUAUAUCCGUUGGAUGUCGCAAAACUUCUUGGGAGAUUACGAAUGUCAAGUACAUUCUUCAAUUAGAGCGACGCUGCAAUUUGGAGGAAAAAAAUUAAAAUUAGUCAAUACUAAUGCGAACAAAUGUAAUAUAUGUAUGUGUAGCACCGCGAGUGAUGAGAAAAUAUAAAACGAUUAAAUAAUUUCAACGCGUUAUAACAGCGUUAAAAAUUUUGGCGACGACAAUAAUAUUGUGUGUUUUAAUGAUGUUUUUUGUUUUCGAGAAUGGUAAACAAAA